AUGGCAACCACACCGUCACCGUCACCACAGGCGGAGAGGCUGAACGUAAUCGCCCUCAUCUCCGGCGGCAAGGACUCGUUCUAUUCCCUGCUUCACUGCCGGGAGAACGGCCACCGGGUCGUGGCCUUGGCUAACCUCUUCCCCUCCGCCGCGGGAGCGGGAACCGGCACAGGCCGGACAAGCCCGUCGUCUUCCGUAUCCGACGAGGCGGCCCCACCUCCCGGAGCUACCAUCCCUGAUCAAGAGGAAGAGGACCUCAACAGCCACAUGUACCAAACCGUGGGCCACAGCAUCAUCCCCCUCUACGCCGAAGCCACCGGCAUCCCCCUCUACCGGAAGGCCAUCAGCUCCUACGGUGCGACCCAGCACGGGAAGGAUUACUCGCACUAUGUCUCCACUCCGGAGGAGGUCAACGAGAGGAAGCAUGACGAGACGGAGUCGAUGUUUUGUUUGCUCAAGGGGAUCAGGCAGAGGCAUCCAGAGGUGAAUGCGGUUUGUGCGGGGGCGAUUCUCAGCACGUAUCAGCGGACGAGGGUUGAGUCAGUGGCUGUGAGGUUGGGGUUGACGCCUUUGGCGUACUUGUGGAAGUUUCCUACUUUACCUGCUAGUCCGGGGGGUGAUGAUGGGCAGCUGUUGCUGGAUAUGGAGCAGGCCGGGUUGGAGGCGAGGAUUAUAAAGGUUGCGAGCGGGGGGUUGGAGGAGGGGGAUUUGUGGGUUAAUGUUGCGAGUAGGGAGGGAAGGAACAAGGUGGAGAAGGGGAUGAAGAAGUAUGCUUUUGGGGGACGGUUGGAUGAGGGGGCCGUGAUUGGGGAAGGAGGUGAGUUUGAGACGUUGGUUGUGGAUGGGCCGGGGGGGUUGUUUAAGAAGAGGGUUGUGGUUGAGGAGGAGGGGAGGAGGGUGGUGAGGGAGGGUGGGGGGACAGCUUGGCUGAGUAUCACCGGGGCGAGGUUAGAGGUGAAGGAGGAGUUGAGGCAUGGGAAAAUCAGGGUGCCUGGGAUGUGGGAUGACAAGUUUCAGGCUAUCCUUGAUACUUUGGCAUCGAAUGAUGAACUGCCAAUACAGGAUCCGAGUCUUGAAGACGGUCAAGACAACACCGACGCUGUCCUUCCCGACCUCACCAAACUCCAACCCUCCAACAUCCAGCACCUAAUAUUCACCUCCAUCGACCACCCAUCCGUUCAAGACGAAACAACCUCCGUCACCACCCUCAUCGAGGCCUACCUCGCCUGCCAAUCCCUCCCCUCAACCGUCAUCCUCUCCACCACCAUUCUCCUCCGCAACAUGUCUGACUUUGCCACCAUAAACCCCAUCUACGGCUCCCUAUUCCCCUUCCCUAACCCCCCGUCCCGAGUUUGCAUCUCCUGCGGGGAUCUCCUCCCCAAAGGCAUCAACAUCGUCAUCGCCCUAGCCCUCUCGGCCACCCCAGACAUCAAAAGAGAUGGCCUCCACGUCCAGAGCAGAUCCUACUGGGCACCGGCCAACAUCGGCCCCUAUUCCCAAGCAAUCACCACCCCUCUGUUUCCCAACUCCCAAGCAAAAGCAGUCAGGAUCGCGGGUCAGAUCCCCCUCAUCCCAGCAACCAUGACCCUUCCCCCACCAGAAGAAGACCUCAACACACAACUCGUCCUUUCCCUGCAGCACCUCUUCCGAAUCGGAGUCGAAACCGGCGUGCAGCUGUUCACCUCGGGAGUGGCCUUCUUCCCUCGCUCCUCCUCCGGGAACAUGCAAGAAAGGGUCAAACUUGCAGUCAAAGUUUGGGAGUUGGCACAUGCACUCCCCAAAAAUAAGGAUGAUGGUGAUGAGGAGGAGGAGGGUGAGGAUGGAGAUGGUCCAGAUAUUUGGGAUAGGAAAUAUAACUCGGCUUAUACCUCAUUUGCCUCGGCCGGCCAGGCCACCCAGGGGCCGCGGCUCCCAGAUUGGAGCGCGGUAAAGACCAAAACUACCAUUCCGCCUGUCUUUGUGGCUGAGGUGGAGGAGUUGCCUAGAGGAAGUGGAGUAGAGUGGCAGGGUCAUCUUGGGAUUGCCUCUGCUGGGGAAGAUAGUGUGGAGAUUGUGAAAAGAGGAGAGAGUAUCUGGCAGGUUGUGGUGGAGGAGAGGUUUGUUCAGACUGUGGUUGUUGAGGGGGUGGAUAGAGACAGUGUUGAUGAGGGUGUUGGGGCGGUGGUGAAGGAGUUGGAGGGGAGGUGGUUGGUGCCUGUUGUUACUUAUUUGGAUAAGGGGUUUAAGUACAGAUUGGGCGAGGAAGGGAAGGGGUUGGUUGUGCCGUGUAGGAGUUUGUGGGAUGGGAAGGGGGAGAGGGUGGGGAUGGUGAGGGUUUGGGAGGGGGUUUUGAGGGAGGAUUGA